AUGGAAAGCAUUACUCCAGAGACAACACAAGAGACUUUUAAACCAAUUUCCUCCCUUCUUCUUCCUUCCAAUUGUAAGAUCAUUUUGUUGGCAGAUGUGGAUGGAGAUGGAAUGCUGGAACUUGUAACAGGUCAUGCAGAUAGAGCUGUGUAUAUCCACAAGUUGCAUGUUGUGAAAGAGCAUCAUAAGCAGAGUGACAUCUGUGAUCAGCCAAGCACAGAAAAAGAAGACAAGAAAAAAAAGGUCAAGCCAUCAGUGUCUACCAACAGACAUGAUUUGGAUAAAAUUACCGAAAACAGCAUAGAGACAGCCCAAAAAUUGAAUGGAAAAGAUUUAAAGCAAGAAGGAACAAUUGCCAAGUUGUACCAUGUAGGAAACAAAGUGUCAGGAGAUGCAGUUCAAAAGCGAAACGUGUCUUUUAAGGUUGAGGAAGUCCAUCACUGGACAAUUCCAAGACAGAUUGGUUCCCUUGUAGUGUUUGACAUGGCAACAACCAGGUACCUUUUGGCCUCAUAUCCUGGGGGUUCUUAUAUCAUUUUGAACUCAUGGAAUUUGAGCAAACAACAGAAAGAUGGUGACCAGAUGUCAAGCUCAGCUUCCAAGUCCACUUUUAGACAAUUUCCCCAUGUCUGGGGAAGAAGUAAAGACAUUCCUUUAAAUUUACUCAGUCUAAAAUGUCGUGAUCCUGAUGCACCAGCUUCCUGCUUAGAGAAGCAUUUAGUGCUAUGUACUCAAGAUGGUCAGGUGACUCUACUUUAUGGAAGUAAGCUUCAGUGGUCACUUUGUAUCGAGCAAGGCUUCUACAAUCUCUUUGCUCUGUCAAAACUCGACAUUACUGGUGAUGGCAAUGAGGAAAUAGCUUUAUGCUCUUGGGAGGGAAACACUUAUAUAAUUGAUCGCCAUAAGAAUGUGGUACAGUUCAGCUUUGGUGAAAAUGUGAUGGGUUUCUGUGCAGGGAGUUAUGCUUUUUCACCAGGGAAGAACCUUCCUGCAUUGGUUUAUGUGACAUCUUCCAAUCGAGUGAUCAUCUAUUGGAAUGCAUGGCAGUCCUUAAUGGUUCCAACUUAUCUGAAUCCUUUAACUCCUAAGAUCUGAUUGUUAAUUCUCCCCUUUAGGUGCUACACAUUUUUUUGUAAUUAGUUCUGUGAAUUUGGUGUUAGAUUAAGAUAACA